UCUUAUCCUUGGUAAUUGGCUAGGAAAUGAAGACGACAGCGACCGUGGAACUGGUGUUCAUACCUGACCCUGGGAUGAGCCACCUGGUCUCAACGGUGGAGAUGGCGAAACAACUCGUCAGCCGAGACCACCGGCUUUCGAUUACAGUCCUCAUAAUGAAACGUCCAUUUGACAAAUCCAAGGCCAGCUCCUCCACCCAAUCGCUGCUGCUCACGGCAGCCGAGGAUCGGUUAGAGUUCGUGUACCUCCCACUAGACGAGGCGGCCGCGGCAGAGCUCCAAUCCAAGUCCCCUGAAAACUUCAUGUUCGAGUUCAUCAAAAUGAACAAGCAAAACGUGAGGGAUCACGUGAGAACGAUGGUCUCCACCGGGUCGACCAAGAUCGCCGGGUUCGUCGUGGACAUUUUCUGCACCCCGAUGAUGGACGUGGCGGCCGAGUUUGGAGUCCCGUCCUACGCCUUCUUCACUUCCAACGCCACGGUUCUAGGCGUCAUGUUCCAUUUGGAGACCCUUAGCCCCGAGGAAUACAACGAUCUUACCAAGUUGAACGACUCCGAUACCGAGUUGGAAGUGGAACUCCCGGGUUUUGUGAACCCAGUCCCGGUUAAGGUGUUGCCUGCUCCGUUUGUGGACAAGAAAUUUGGGUCCAGGUUCAUGAGUAUUGCCAAGAGGUUGAGAGAAACAAAGGGCAUCAUGGUCAAUACGUUUGAAGAGCUGGAAUCCAGUGCGGUCAGGUUCCUCGCGGAAAACGAUAAGGUCCCGCCGGUGUACCCUGUGGGACCACUGAUCCACCUCGUUAACAACAAAAACGAGGAAGAGGAGGAAGCGAUGGAGAUCAUGAAGUGGUUGGAUAAUCAGCCUCCCUCAUCGGUUGUAUUCUUGUGUUUUGGGACUAUGGGUAGCUUUGAAGGAGAUCAGCUGAAGGAGAUAGCACAAGCCCUAGAGCGAAGCGGCCACCGGUUCUUGUGGUCGGUUCGGAGGACUCCACAAAUGGGGAAAAUAGAGCUUCCAGGUGAGUAUGAAGACCUAACUCAAGUGCUACCGGAAGGGUUCCUAGAACGUACGAUGAAAAUUGGGAAAGUGAUUGGGUGGGCCCCACAGGUGGCUAUAUUGUCCCACAAGGCGGUCGGAGGCUUUGUGUCUCACUGUGGAUGGAACUCGAUGUUGGAGAGCUUGUGGUGUGGAGUGCCGAUGGCUACGUGGCCAAUGUAUGCUGAACAACAAAUGAACGCAUUCAAAUUGGUGAGAGAACUAGGGUUGGCUGUCGAGAUAAAGUUGGACUACAAGAAGGAUUUUGGGUCAGACACUACCAAAGUUACAUUAGUGACAGCAGAGGAGAUAGAUAUUGGGAUAAGGAAACUGAUGGAGGGUGGGAAUGCAUGUGGGGAAGAAAUAAAACGGAGGGUGAAGGAGAUGAGCAAAAUGAGCAAGGUUGUUAUGGUUGAAGGAGGGUCAUCCUAUAAUUCUAUAGGACUACUGAUCGAGGAUUUCAUGAACAACAUACAUACACAUUCCAUGAGUGGCUAAUUAUUCACUAUUUCGAGGACAUAUCUCAACCUCUUCCUCGUACAUAUAUUCACGUGGGACUAAUAAACUAGUUAUAUGUGAAUCUCGUAUGAAGGAACGUUGAGCUUUAGCUGUCAGUGGAAACUUUCAUCUUCCUCCAACAGUGGCGUAGCCAGGAAUAUACAUUAGUGGGGCCGGGGCAUUAUAAAAACAAAAUCUCCGACGAUAGCCAACUCCCAACAACAUCCCACUGACCUAUGACUUGUUGGUCGUUAGUGAUGCGGCAUGAUUUUCGUGUUGGUUGUUACAUCAUGUUACAAAUGAGAGUUUUCAAGUUUUGUAGUACUAUUUUGUUCACCCAUGCACUUAAACACUAGGUGAACAUGUGCGUAUUACUCUUCAAUAAAUUCACCGAAUCUUUACUUUG